CGAGUAUUUGUUUAUAUUCCAACCCAUCAUUUUUGGUGUCCCCAGACUUCGUUUUGUUCCAUUCGCCGAUUCAACCCUUAAGCGCAGGAUACCGCAAAAUUCCUGCUUUUGGUUUUUUCAACCGGAAAACCACGCACUGCCUCGAUUUUCUUCAAGUUCCACGAUUGACCUCUCCGCUUCGCUUGGAACACAUACACACACCCUCAUUCACGAGAGGUAUGGUUCGGAAAAGUCCGCGAAAGCUGUCACCAAAGAAAGAUAAGGAGGAACCGCCGGUUGUUGCACCAAUAACACGCAAAGCAGCCUCUCAAAAUGCAAAAGACAAGAAACUCAUGGAGAAGAAAACGGAUGUGAUUAAAACGAUGCUGAAGUUACCAAAGCUGAAAUUGAAAUUGGAACCCGUGGAAGAAGCAGAGGCGCCAAACACCAGCACAGUCGCCUCCUCUUCGUCGAGGAGAAAGUCGAAAAUCGUCAUUAAACAGGAGCCGGGCGCUUCCGUGCCGCCAUAUGUGCCUCCACACAUGCUCGGCAGAGACUUGAGUGAUCCUCUCGCAGACCAGACUGAAGGAUCCAACCGGUCCCUUCAGAAGCCGCGGUACUGCGUGAAGGUUCCCAACAGGAACCUUACCUCGCCCAUCCUGUCCCACUCGGAACUGAACAGAGAACUACUUGCCAGAUCUCACCUGCGGCGGCCCAUCGUCGGGAACGACGUCACCCAGUUCUUCGGCGCCGCGGGGAGCUAUCUUUUUUCACUGCGGAUGGUCUCGAGGCUGUCCAGCAGCAUGAACCGCACGUACCCCCUCAAACUGAAUCCAAACACCCUCAAGUUGACGCUGAACACUAACCUUCAGCUGAGGCCAAAGUUGGACGCAGAAAGGGAAAAGGAGCUUGCUCUGAAGCAACUCGAGGAAAUGUAGUCACGUGCCUACUUUUGAGCAUUCCAAACUUUUUGUCGUGUGGUUUUACUUAGAUCAUUAUUUACUGUAAAUAGUUAAAUCUCUGUGGAAAUUUAUUCUCCACUGAAAUUACUGGCCUAGAGGAUUUUUCAUUUUUCAAGAGUUUUAAUUUUUUAUGACUGCAGAAUUGCUUUAUGUCGUGGCAUAGAAUUCAUAUUUAAGAAACUUUCUACGUUGAAAAAUAUUUCUUGUCAUUUACGCUAAUUAUGGAAAAGUUACACAUUCUGCCAAAUAGGGAAGUUUCUGUUCUGUAAUUCAUUUAUUUUACUCCCAUAUAGGAACCGGCGAGAAGUGUAGCGGAAAAUGUAAUUUUUCCAUGCAAAUUGGAAAAUAAAAUGUUAAAAAUAUGGAUUAACUUCAAAAGUUAAGUUUUAAAAAAAUCGCUAGAUUGCUGAAUUACAGGAUUUGAUAAGACCAAAUCUCAGCCCGGGAAAGAAACUGGUUUCAUAGAGUUUUUUCAACUCAUUGAACUGUUGCAACAUACGAAAUUUCGACAACUUGUCUUAAAGGAAGGAUACUAGUGUCUUUAUCAGCUUCCAGAAGAUUUUGAUGAUAUACCGUUUAGAGAUGAUUCAUCUUCUCCCUUUAACCCACCAAGCCCUUCAAAUCAUUGUGUGUACAACAUGGGAGCAUUUAGCAUUUUAGUCAUAUUAGCCCUUUUUCUGGGAGCUGAUGAAAUCACACUUCUAAGUGUUGAACAUUUUGGACAGCUUAUAGCUGCGCAAUAUCAUAAGAAAUAGGAGACACAAACCUAUUCCUUUCCCGGAUUUUUUUGCGAUCAUGUGAACUAGAAAAAUUUAUAAAAAUAUACAAUUUAAACAUUGGAAAACAUAUUGCCUGUUCUCGUCAAGAUUUAUAAAAUUGGGAAAUAAAAAUUUAAAAAUUCUAGUGAGAAAA